AGAAACCCAGUUAAGUUAAACAUUUCCAGGACCGGAAGUGAAGAAGCAUGAGCACAAUUACGUGGUUUUUCAUAGUUUAUUUCUUGGCUUUUGCCAACGCAGUUGCAUCACAGUCGUCGAUCAUCAAUAGGCUUCCUGGCUUUUUGGGUACGUUGGGGUAGGCUAAUCUGAUGAGGUGCAACUAUUCUACUAUUUCAUUGAGUCUGAGAGAAGUCCAAAAGAUGACCCUCUUGUGCUUUGGCUCACUGGAGGUCCUGGUUGUUCCGCAUUUUCUGGCCUUGCAUAUGAAAUGGGUCCAUUAUCAUUUGACUAUGAAAGGUCCAAAAGCAACUCACCAAAAUUGAAGUUGAACCCAUACUCCUGGACAAAGGUUGCUAAUAUAAUAUUUGUGGAUGAACCGGUUGGCACUGGAUUCUCUUAUGCAAAAAGUUCGGAAGGAUACAAUAUCAGUGAUACAUUGGCCGCAGCAGAACUCUAUGAAUUUCUACUGAAGUGGCUUAAGCUUCACCCCAAGUUCCUCACAAAUUCAUUGUACAUCAUGGGAGAUUCUUACUCGGGCAUAAUCAUCCCAAUCCUUGUUCAAAAAAUAUCAGAUGGUAAUGAAGUUGGUCAGGAGCCGCGAAUGAAUCUUAAGGGAUAUGCGAUUGGAAACCCAGUAACAAAUACACAUGAUGACUUGAAUGCAAGAAUUCCAUUUGCUCACCUAAAGACGCUUAUAUCAGAAGAACUAUAUGAGUCAGCUAAAAACAACUGCAAGGGCGAGUAUAGGAAUGUAGAUCCUAGCAAUGCAGCAUGUGUGGACGAUCUUAAUAUCUUCACUGAGUGUACUGUGAAAAUAUAUACUGCACAAAUAUUGGAGCCUGACUGUCAGAAAUUAUCCCCAAAACCUAGACCAAGUGUGUCAAAUUGGGAUCCAGAUACUCUUAUGGAAGAUCCUGUAGACCUUCUCCAAUCUAUUACUCAUCUUCCGGAACCAAGAAGAUGGUGUCGGAAUUAUAACUAUCUGUACUCCUACAUUUGGGCAAAUGAUAAAACUGUUCAACAGGCUCUUCACAUUCGGGAGCAGGGAAGCAUCAGUGAGUGGGUGAGAUGCAAUGAGAGCUUAGUAUACACAUACGACGUCUCAAGUAGCCUAAACUAUCACCGGAACCUUAUCAAGAAAGGCUACCAGGUCCUCAUAUACAGCGGUGAUCAUGACAUGGUUAUUCCAUACAUAGCUACGCAUGCAUGGAUAGUAUCGCUAAACCUUACUAUUGCCCAUGAUUGGAGGCCAUGGUUUGUUGAUGGGCAAGUCGCAGGAUUCACAAUGCAGUAUACAUCUAAAAAGUACUGCUUGACAUUUGCAACAGUAAAGGGAGGGGGGCAUACAGCUCCAGAGUACAAGCCCAAUGAAUGUCUUGCCAUGAUUGAUAGUGAGCUGAUCGUCCACACACGUGUUGAAUGAGGUACCUGAAGAACA